AUGACUCAAGAUCUGAGUGUCGAGAGGCCCAUGGAGGCUCGUACCGGCAGGGAGAAUCAGCGUUACGGUUCCCUAGGAGAGCGCCUCGUAGCCGGCAUUGUGCCCCUCUCGAACGACCGCAAGUCAGUUCUUCUGAUUCAGUCCAUGCGCCGUGGCGGCUGGGUCCUCCCCAAAGGCGGCUGGGAAGUCGAUGAGACAGUCGAAGAAGCUGCCUGCCGCGAGGCCUGGGAAGAAGCUGGUGCUGUCUGCAGGAUCCACGCCGACCUAGGCAAGAUCCCCGAGAAGCGGAAACCGGAGCAGCUUACGACACAAGCUCCCAAGGCCGCCUACCAGUUCUUCGAAGCCACCGUCGACGAGGUCAAGGAGGAGUGGCCAGAAAAGCACAAGCGCAAGAGAAGGUGGAUGGGCUAUAAGGAGGCUAUCGUCUUGUUGAAGGACAGACCCGAGUUGUCAGAAGCUCUCAACAGAAGCAGCAUCGACAAGCAACUCUGA